AUGUCCCUAUCGUCGAGCACCUCUGCGCAGUUUGCCCCUAUUCGGAGGACACCACUGCCUUCAACACAUUCUCUUGCUACAUUGACCAACAACAAUCAUCUGAACAACAACUCUCUGGUCAGUCCGCCGCUUGAGCCCGUCUUGGAAACUACACCUCUCACCAACGGAGGACCGAAGCUAAAAAAGGCUACUGUACCGGUACCAGAUCCACGGCGACCUGUAUUCAGAGAGCAGACAGCCCCUCGUGUCCUAUCCACAACCGCCGACUAUCUUGUGAGUCACAUUUUCAGUGUCAUUCAUCGUUAA